UGAAGGUCCUAGCCCACCUAGACUGACGCGCGCUCGCCCGACCGCCUCCAUACACCACACCGGGCUCUGUCCUUGCUUCAGGCCACUCCUGUUCUUUGGCUGACCCCUGGUGGUCACGUGGAGCUGCUCGCCACGCAAGUCUGGGUCCUUCUGCGAUCCACCCGGGUCCUCGCCGCCUGGGAGCCGCUCCUGUAGCUGCCUGUUCGCGCGAGAGUUUGGAGGGGCGGGUUUGGGGUCGGUCUCUGGCGUGGGGCUCGCACCGCAGGGCAUCGGAGCUCUGCUUGGGCGCCCGCGUAGGGUGCGAGGAGCUGGGUUAGGCGGUCGCCGGGGCACCCCGUGUCUGGACAGCGCCGGAGCGCUCUGGAGAAGCCGGGACAGCCCCGCUCCCGGCAGCCAGGUGCUAGGGUCGGGUGCUAAAAGUGCGAGUCCGGCCGUCUUCCAGCGCCUGGGCCACGGCGGCGGCCCUGGGAGCAGAGCUCCUCUGUGCCUGUCGUCCUCGCUUAGUCGCCACCCCGUUCCGUGGCUGCCACAUCGCCCUGUGAGUUUAGCAGCCGACGGUGAAGUACCAACAUCUAGGGCCUCACCUGUCGACGUAGUGUCGGGCUAAGCCCCAAGUCCCCAACUCGUUCUCUUUCCCACCGCCCGGGGGAAUCCGGGUCCUCAAGCGCCGGAACAGAGGAGCUCCUUUGUGUCCCGGCCAUUUCCUGGAAAGUAGAGCCAGAGUCACACUGCGGCCUCUGUGGAGCAACCCCAUUACGCUAAAGAUGAAAGGCUGGGGUUGGCUGGCCCUGCUUCUGGGGGCCCUGCUGGGAACUGCUUGGGCUCGGAGGAGCCAGGAUCUACACUGUGGAGCUUGCAGGGCUCUGGUGGAUGAACUCGAGUGGGAGAUUGCCCAGGUGGAUCCCAAGAAGACCAUUCAGAUGGGCUCUUUCCGAAUCAAUCCAGAUGGCAGCCAGUCAGUGGUGGAGGUGCCUUAUGCUCGCUCAGAGGCCCACCUCACAGAGCUGCUAGAGGAGGUAUGUGACCGGAUGAAGGAGUAUGGGGAACAGAUUGAUCCUUCCACCCACCGCAAGAACUAUGUACGUGUAAUGGGCCGGAAUGGAGAAUCCAGCGAACUGGACCUACAGGGCAUCCGAAUUGAUUCAGACAUCAGCGGCACCCUCAAGUUUGCGUGUGAGAGCAUUGUGGAGGAAUACGAGGAUGAACUCAUUGAAUUCUUUUCCCGAGAGGCUGACAAUGUUAAAGACAAACUUUGUAGUAAGCGAACAGAUCUGUGUGACCAUGCCCUGCACAUAUCGCAUGAUGAGCUAUGAGCCACUGGAGCAGCCCAGACCGACAGGCUUGAUGGAUCACCCCCAGGAGGGGCAGAGGGUGGCAAUGCGUUUUGUAUUAUGUUUUUACUGAAAUGAACUGAGAAAAAAUGAAACCAAAAGUA